GCGGGCAUCAGUGGCCAUGGCGGAUACAGCGACUACAGCAUCGGCGGCGGCGGCUAAUGCCGCUAAUGCCUCUACAGAUGCACCUCCUUUCCAGCUGGGCAAACCGCGCUUCCAGCAGACGUCCUUCUAUGGCCGCUUCAGACACUUCUUGGACAUCAUUGACCCUCGCACUCUCUUUGUCACUGAGAGACGUCUCAGAGAGGCUGUGCAGCUCCUGGAGGACUACAAGCAUGGGACCCUGCGCCCAGGGGUCACCAAUGAACAGCUCUGGAGUGCACAGAAAAUCAAGCAGGCUAUUCUACACCCGGACACCAAUGAAAAGAUCUUCAUGCCUUUUAGAAUGUCAGGUUACAUUCCUUUCGGAACGCCAAUUGUGGUAGGUCUUCUCUUGCCCAACCAGACGCUGGCAUCCACUGUCUUCUGGCAGUGGCUGAACCAGAGCCACAAUGCCUGUGUCAACUAUGCAAACCGCAAUGCUACCAAGCCUUCGCCUGCAUCCAAGUUCAUCCAGGGCUACCUGGGGGCUGUCAUCAGUGCUGUCUCCAUUGCUGGGCCUGUGAGCACUCAGCACUCUUCCCAGAGCAGCUGCAAAGGAAGGUGGCUCACAGGCCAUCUCCCCUUUGCUCUUUGCCUGAGGUCCCCAGACACUGUCAAUCCCUCUCUGUGGCCUUGAUUAUGUGACUACAUGACCAGCCUCUCCUGAAGGCCUGUGAGCUCUUCAAGACAGGGCAUUAGGCCCCCCUU